AUGGUGACGAUAGAAGAGGUACUGGAGGACAAAUUGGUGAAGGCGUGUGAAGAAGGAAACGUGGAGGUGUGUCAAUCGAGUGUGGUGGAUCUGCAGAGUCGAUACGGAGUAGCAACGGAGGCUGUUCAAGAGCUUCUUGGGUAUGCUUUCUCUUGUGCUGCUGCGCACAAUCAGAUCGAGAUCAUGAAGCUGCUUUUGUAUCCGUCGGACAAAACAAACGGUAACGCAAUGACUCUGUCUGAAGAGGUUCACGAGUGCUUGCUGUAUGGAAUGUGUCGCUGGGAGAAGUAUUUCCCGAGAAGAAAGAGGUUCCAGUGUUGUUUUGCAUUGCGGUAUCUAGCCUACGCAGCAGUGAUUUGUGUUGAGCAGAACGCACUACAGGCGCUGGAAUUUCUGGUUCAGCACCAGACACCACCAAUGCCUUCGUUACUGGUGGACACAGAUGUGGUGCGCUGCUUCCGCUAUGCAUUGGAGCUUGGGGGUGACUUUAAUGCUCCAGCACCUCAAGCCUACCGACCGAUGCUUAUGCUGCUUUUGUAUAAUUAUCCGACAUUGCUACUCCCGCACGUGGAUGGAACGUAUGAAGUGGAUGCAUCCCUUGUUGGUGCCACCAGAAAACAUAUCGAGUCACUGCGAUCCAGCUUACAUUACGAGUACGUCACGAACCCACAGCUACAGAAGUAG